GUGGUGCUCUGCUGUCCGCGCGUCGUCUUGCCGGGUUUCCUGGUGUGUAGAUCCCGGCGCGCCCCUGCCCUCUCGGCCAUGGGGGUCCCCAAGAGGAAGGCCGCGGGCGGCCAGGACAGCACGGCUCUCCGCGCGGGCGCAGCCAAGCGGCCCCGCUCCGAAGAGCUCACGGGCGUGCGCUUCAAGGCUGAGCUGCGGGGUCCGCAGGGCGCGGAGCCGGCCUUGGAAGCAUUUGUCACUGCUGCCAAGAAGCUACCGAGGGAAGACGUGUAUGAUGUUGUGGAAGGGUACAUAAAGAUUUCGGUUGAAUGUGCAGAGAUUUUCCAGCUCCUGAGCGGGGAGAAGCGGCCGGAAAGUGAAACGCUAUUAAUAUUUCAAGUUUUUGAGGCCAUACUAUUGCGGACAGCGAGCGACCUUUCCCAUUUCCAUGUUGUGGGAACCAACAUCGUGAAAAAGCUGCUGAACAGCCACAUGAAGCUCAUCUGUGAGUCCCUGUAUGCCUCGGGCUACAGGAUGGCUCGAGCCUGUCUGAACCUGAUGGCCGCCAUGGUGACCCAGGGUCCUGAGGCCGCCAGGGACGUCUGCAGCCAUUUUGAUUUGAAUAAAAAGACCUUGUACACCCUGGCGACCAAGAGGGAUUCAAAGGGUGUGCACGACGUCCGUCUGGCCUACAUUCAGUUCGCCCUCUCCUUUCUGAUCGCCGGUGAUGACAGCACGAUAGCACAGGUUCUGGAGUUGAAAGAAUUUAUUCCUUGCAUUUUUAGCUCGGGCAUAAAGGAAGACAGGAUUUCUACCGUCAAUAUUUUGUUAUCCACGCUGAAAACAAAGGUAGUUCACAAUAAAAAUAUCACAAAAACCCAGAAGGUGCGUUUCUUUACGGGGCAGUUGUUGAACCAUAUAGCAGCUCUCUACAGCUGGAAUGGGAUUGUUGACGUGAACCUGGAACAUGGCAAGACUUCUUCUGAGGACGCAGGGAAGAUCCUGGUGAGGGAGCUUGUUCACACCUUCCUGAUGGAUCUUUGCUGUUCACUCAAGCAUGGGAUUAAUUUUCACGACGCAUCUUUCGGUACCGUCGGCAGAGGCGGGAACCUGACCCUCCUGCACUUCCUGUUGGGUUUGAAAACUGCAGCAGACGACGAGCUGGUGGCCGAGCUGGUGGUGAACAUCCUCAAAGUGUGCCCGGACUUGCUGAACAAGUACUUCAAGGAAGUAACAUUUUCCUUUCUGCCCAGAGCGAAGUCCACUUGGUCAAAUAACAUCAAACUGCUGAACAAGAUCUAUGAAGCCCAGCCAGAUGUUUCCCGGGCCUUUCAGACCAGAGAGUUCAUCCCCUUGCCUCGGCUCCUGGCAAUGGUGAUGGUGACCACCGUGCCCCUGGUGUGCAAUAAGACGAUGUUCACCCAGGCAUUAAAUUUGGACAGCAUAUCAGUGAAGCACACAGCCUUGUCCCUUGUUUCCGUCAUUUUGAGAAGAGCGUUAAAAACGAUCGAGCACUGCCUGAAUAAAGAGACGUGGCAGGAAUCAGGCGUGUACACGGCCGCAGCAAUAGAAGAGUUCGUGCGCCUCUUCAGAGAAGCCCUGAGCAAGGUCUUACCAGACCUGAACACCAUCGUGUGGGUCUGGCAGUCACUUCGAAAGCAGGAGACAAAACAGGAUGAUGAGAAAGGAAAGAAAAGAGGCAUCCAGACUGCUGCUGCCUGCGUGGCUCCCCAGUGCGAUGAUGCGGAAACCAUUCUUCUGAAGGCUGUUCUGCUCCAGGUCAUAUGCCUGUACCAGAAGGUGGUCCCACACGUGGUCCUGCAGUACAACUUCGACUUCAGCAAGCUCCUGAAAGGAGUCAUCUCCGAGCAGGGCCUUCGAGAGGAGGCGCCUCCCAUUCUGCAGCACCACAUCCUGAAGGUGGCUCUGGAGCUGCCCGCCAGCAAGUUCUUGUGGUUAAAGGCACAGGAAGGCCCAGAGGCAGAAAUUAUUGGAGGAGAACGAUCUGUGUUUUACUUGCUGAUGAAAAUGUUCGUGACCAGUAGCCAUCUACAGCUCAAGUCAUCCACCAAACUUCUGAUCACAAAGAUUCUUCGGGACACGGGGGUGUUUGAGCACACCUGGAAGGAGCUGGAGCUGUGGCUGGAGCACUUACAUGACACCGUGGAAGAGAAGAGAGAAACCGUGAUUCAGUUUUUGGAACGCGUUUUACUGACGUUGGUGGCGAAUCCCUAUUCCUACACAGACAAAGCAUCUGACUUUGUCCAGGAAGCCAGCACACUGCAGGCCGCGGGGACGAAGCAGGAGGCUGAUGAUGUCAGCAUUCCGGUCUCCCACAUCGAUGAUGUUCUUGACAUGGUGGACGUCCUGGUGGAGGACAGCGAAGGCUUAGAUGAGGAAAUUGGAUUCUUACUGAACGAAGACAUGAUCCUGCUCACGUUCCCCUUCAGUGCGGUGGUCCCUGCGGCCCUGGAAGCCAGGAAUAAGUUGCUCCUUGGGACGGAAAGUGAAACAGGAGAGAGCAUCGUGGCUUAUAUGACGGCGGUGCUGACAGACCUCCUCCACACCCAGAGGGACCCGCUGGCUCUGUGUCUGCUGCUUCAGGCUUAUGACAAGUUGGAGCCUCCUGUGCCACCCUGCUGCCACCAGCUCUGUCGGUUCCACACGUACUACAGCCGCUGGAUCCCAGAGCCAGUCCGCGAGGGCUUGCCCUUUCAGACGCCGGGCAGUCUCGCCCCCCAGGGUCCUCCGGCCUCCUCCUUCUCCGCCCUGUUGCAGACGGCCUACGAGAGCGAGGGCGCGCUCCUGGACGAGCAGGUUCAGGCGCGGCUGCGGGCCGCCCUCCCGCACCUCCCGAUGCACCAGGUCCUGCGCUCGGCGAAGCACCUGCUGCUCUACAUCAGGAGCACCGUGGAGACCUUCGGCCAGCUGGGCCGAAGCGCAGGGCCCCCCGUCCUGCAGCUCCUCCUGGACCUCCUCAGGCUCCUGGUCGUCCACUGUGCGCAGCUGGACGCGCAGAACCAGCAGAAACGCGAGGCCGCCCAGGCCGAAUCCGACCUCUUUUUGGACGUGGAGUCCGUGGCCUCGCUGGAGCUGGCCAGUGACAAGACGCUGGAGGAGGUGCUGGUGGCCAUCCUCAGACAUCCCACGCUGGAGGGCUGGUACCUGGCCCUGGAGCGACGGGCCCUCCCUCCGCACGCCCUCAGCCCCAUCCUCGUGAAGCUCCUGGCGGCCCGGCUCAGCGCGGGGGUCCUGCAGCUGCUGCUGGCGAGCGCCCCGAUCCUCCGGAGCAUCCGUCAGCUGGGCCUCCUGGCCGGGUACUCGGAGGCCAUCACCCGGAGCGUGUUGAACGAGCUGCAGAACAGGAGGGCGGGCCGGGCCACGUCUCGGGCAGAGACCCUCCCGCAGCUGGAGGCCCUGCAGGAGCUGCAUCCGUACAUGGAGGGCGCCCAGCUCCGUGAGGUCACCCUGGCUUUGCUGAGCCUGCCCGAGGCCCAGCUGGUGGCCCCGGGACCCCCGAAGUCCCCCGGGAAGGAGAGACACCUGAACGCUCUCGGCAAGACGCUGGUCCAGCUGUUGACCCGCAGCCCCCAGGAUCAGCUGCAGAGCAGCGAGCUCCUUUGGGCCUCUGAGUUUGUGAAAGGCCUGGGGGCUUUGCUCCCCACGUUGGCCGUGGACGAGCUGGACGCCGUGUUUCUCCACGCUCUGCAGAGAGAGCCCGUGCUGGUCCCCGUGGUCGGGGUCGACGUGCUGGACUACUGCCUGGCCCGGCGGACGCAGGCGGCCCUCAGCACCGCCGCCCUACUCGUGCGGCUGAGCUCCACCCACCUGCUGCGGUUUGAGCUGUGGUGCGGGCGGCCCGGCUCGGGACUCUGCCUCCAGGAAGGCCUCGACGACUUCCUCCCCCUCGUCCACGUGUACCUCCGGUGCAGGACGCGGGGACGCUUCACACGCCCGGCGGGAGUGUCCUCUGCUGUCAUUCCCGUCUUGAGGAAAGCUCUGUGGAGGCAGCUACAGACCAGGCUUCUCAGUGCGGAUGGGCCUCCAGGGUCUGGGCUGCAUCACGAGGUCCUGGCCCAGCUGGUCCCGUUUGCAAGAGCCAAGGACCUUGGUAUCCUCAUGGACCGUUUGCCUAGCCUGCUUCAGACCCCAGGCAGGCACGAGAGCUGGAGCGUGGCCGACUCUGUGUCUGCAGUCCUGGACGGGUCGGCAGAAGAGCUGCGUGCCUGGAGAAGGACUCUGUUGGCGUCCUGUGUAAAAUGGCUGGUCGUGUCUUUCAGUGGCGACCAGCAAGGCCAGGACGGCAUCCAGGAUCAGGAGAGGCAGAUGCUGCUGAGAUUUAGUGAGCUGUUGAAUUUCCUUAAUGAAGUGGAUCCUGGAGAUUGGCAGAAAUUUGUGAAGACUGGACUCAAAUUUCGGUAUCAGGACCACAUGUUUUUAAAGGCCCUCCAUGCUGCCAUACGACGCCUGUACCUUCCGGAAAACUCCGUGUGCACGCAGCUCACCCAGCUUCCAGCGAUCCACAUGAUGCUCACGCAGCAUUCUCUGUUUUUGCCGACUCUACUCAAGUCUGAAGAAGAGGAAAACCCAGACAGUCAAGUAAAAGAAGCGCUGGUGGAUCUGAUGUCAGUGGUGGUAAAGCUGUGUCCCUCUGUCUGUGAAAGCAGUCACUUUUCAGUGCUCCUUGGGGCCUAUGGCGCCACUCUCAGUGUCCUGGACCAGAAGAUUCUGCUUCUCCUCUGGGCGUAUGAACAGAACGACCUCAGCCUUGUGAACUUCAGAGUGCUGCUGUGGGGCCCAGUGGCUGUGGAGCAUCACAAGACGUGCCGGAGUCUGGGCAAGUCGCUGUGGCAGCAGCCGAGCGUCGGGGACAUCCUCCGCCUGCUGGAUCGGGACCGGAUGAUGAAGACCAUCCUCCACUUCCCCCAGAACCGGAGGCUGCUGCCCCCUGAGGAUGGACAGGAACUGAUCUUCAAAGACAGGAGCACAGUGGAUCUAGAUGGCCUUUAUGACCCCUGCUUUCUCCUACAUCUCUUCAGUGAAUUGACCAGGCCAGAAUUUGUGGUAGAUUGUCGAAAAUUUUUGGACUCCAAUUCUCUGGGCCUAACCGUCGCGGCUCUCAGCAGCUAUGACCCUCAGAUGCGAGCUGCGGCCUACUACGUCCUGGCGGCCUACUACUCGCAGCUGGAGGGGGCACGGUUCCGAGAGCAGCCCCAGCUACUUUACCUGUUGGAUGUAGUCCGGAAUGGGAUCCGAACUCAGAACAUGAGACUCACCUUUACCUUGACUCUCUUCAUUGCCAAAGCAGCCCUGCAGAUUUUGAAACCAGAGGAACACAUGUACCUGAAGAUCAGCAAGUUCCUGCUGUCACACGAGUACUUGAAUAUGAACAAGGUGCCAGGCUUCUACCAGUUCUUCUUCAGCUCAGACUUUGAGCAAAAGACGGAACAGGAAUGGGUGUUCGGGAUCCUGCGGCAGGGGAUGCGGGACAAACAUUGCUACGAGCUCUACGCCCGGCGAGGGGUCUUCCACAUCAUCCUGGCCUUCUUCAGCAGCCCCCUGUGUGACGACGAGGCACAGAUUUGGAUUCUGGAAAUUCUACAGAACGCUGCCCGGGAUGCCCAGUCUGCCUACGAGAUCCUACGGGACUAUAGCCUUUUAACGUGGGUUUUACACAUCCUUGAGAGCAAGUUUCUGGAGACCCGGCUCCUGUCCAACAUAAUCUCCUUGCUGCACACACUGUGGGUGACCAACCUGGGGGACAAGGGAGUAGAGUCUGAGGGCCCGCCUCCUCGCAAGCCAGGGUCCCAGGAGCCCCCGAAGCUGCUCGCCCUGCACCUGGUCAAUGAGUUCCUGUAUGUUCUCAUUGUGCUCACAAAGCACCUGAGGCCGACCUUGGCCCCCGCCCAGCUGACCGGCUUCUUCGGGGCGCUCGAGUCCGUGCUGAGGUACCGGGCCACCGUCGUGCAGGCCUUCAAGGACAUGAACCGCUUCACAGUGAAUGAGACAGUGCUGUCCACCAAGGAUGUCCUCGUCCUCCUGCACAAGUGGAGCCUCAUCGAGAGAGAUGCCAAGCUCCAGGACGACCUGAGAGCAGCCAUUGAGCAAUACCAAGUCAAGGAGCUGCUGAAAAUGUGCAAGGAUAAGAACAAGACCGCCGUGCCAGCCCGAGCUAAAGGCCCGCGGGGCCGAAAGAGGAGGCCUGGGGAGGCGGAGGAGACGGCCGACCCUGAGCCGCAGGCGUCCGCCUUGGAGACGUGCAAGGGCCUCCUGAGGUCCAUACUGACCCACUGGGGGCCCGCGUUCCCCGGCCCUGACUGCGCUCGGGGCCCCGUGGGCGGGGCUGCCCCUGAGAGCGAGGCCCCGGGCCUCGCGUGCGCCGCCGCCUCCCUGGCGGUCGGCUGGGUGCUGCGGUCGGUGGCCGAGCGCCCGCCCGGCAGGGCAGAGGCUUUGGGACUCCUUGGCUGGCUGAAGAGCCACAUCUUGCCACAGCCGGUGGUCGUGGCAGAGCUUCUCGGGGACCGUGCUGUGAGGAGUAGCAUCUUCAGGCUGUAUAGCCAGUCCUGCAGCGCCGAGCAGCUGGCGGGCCCCGCGCAGAGCGUGGCCUGCCUCUUCAACACGGUCAUGCUGCAGCUGGCGGCCCAGGGCCCGGCGGGGAGCGCCUUCCGCCCGGCGGUCGAGACCCUCUGCCUCUCGUCUCUGAAGGAGAAGGACGAAGCCACCCGAGCCACCGCAGCGUUCCUGGUAUCUCUGUACAUUAAGGACGUCUGGCUGGGGGCUCAGCGGCCAGACACCCUCCUAACCCACAUCCAGAUGAUCCGUGACGCCACAGAGGAUGCGCCAAAGGGUGAUGAGGAGGCUGUCGUCAUGCUCUGCAAGGACAUCGCCGCCUUGGUCCCCAACGCUUGACGCCCUGCCCUCCGGCGCCUUCUGGCACCAGGUUCUAGAAGGUUAGUUGAGUCGAGGGUUUCCGUGGAAAACACGUAUAAUGACAAGUUCCGUCAACGUUAACUCCGUUUCCUGACAGGCGAAGUUGGCUUUGUUUAACUCAACGAUGAAUGAUAAGCUCCGGGGACUGCGCGCACAAAGCGGUCAAAGCCGAAGCAGGCCUGGGUGCUUCUGGCCCACAGGCCCAUUCAGUGUUCACACGGGGAGGACCCUUCCUCUUGGCUUCAGUGCUCUUCAAAGAAAAUACCUCAAGUUGAGGUAACACUUCUGAGCACUGAAGGGAUUUGUGGAUAUUAAAGCUAAAGGGUCCAAGAAUAGAAGGCGUCAGAUAAAGGAGCAUGAGGAGAGGUGCUUCAGCUUUUCUUUCUGGUGAAGUCUAACACAGAUGUGUACAACUUCUUGAGUGUUAAUUAUUUUAGUAAAUAAAAGGGUAUUAUGCUAAAUCCUUAUAGUACAAAAGUGAUUUGAUCUCUGUCUUGGGAAGAAAGCCUGUAAUUUUUUUUUUUUAAAUUGUUUCAAAGGGAGGAUUUGGGAUUCUAUAACUUGUUAAUAAAUGUCUAUUUUUGUUA